AUGAUGUAUAGUUAUGAUUGCAAAGUGUUUGGAAAUGAAUUCGCAAAAGCAGCUAUAAAGCUAAAACAAUAAAACCCUUCUUUUGUACUGGCCAAGAUAGAUGCUUAAGAACAAGGAUAUAUUGCCGAGAGAUUUGGAGUUCAGAAAUAUCCUCAUCUAAUAUUUUUCAAGUAAAUAAAUGAUUUUAGAUUAACUUCUAGAGAAGGAGUCUAACUAGAAUAUGAUGGUGGCAAAUCAGAAGGAGAUAUAAUCAGUUGGUUCCUAAAGAAAUCAAGCACAUAUGCCCCAGAAAUUACAUGUCCUCAAAUAAAGGAUAAGAUCCAAGAGCAUAGGCUUAUCACGAUAUUUUUUGGAGAUCAGUACAGCUUUGAGUUCAAUAAGAUAUUCCAAGAACUGCUAUAGUAUCAAGUGCUGGCUAAAAAAUAUGCAUUCUUUCAUCUAAACGACUAAAAUUGUGCGAAAUAUUAUGGCAUCUCUUAAAUUCCUAAACUUGUGAUAUUCAAUCAAUAAAUGCAAAACAAUAAGCCCAUAUUAUAUGAAGGUGUUUGGGAUCUCAACCCUGUAAUCUAAUUUAUGCAUGAAAAUUCUAUCCUGUAAAUUAUGGAAUUCGGAGAAGAACAUAUUGAAAUUGUAUUUAGUGAUCAAAAGCCUUCAAUAAUUUUAUUCAGAGGAUAAAAUUAGAAGAAUUUUGCAUUCAAUAAGGUAUUUAGCGAUUUGUCCUAUAAGUAUAAAGAACAAAUGUACUUUGUAAUGGCUGAUGUGACCCAGCCUGGUAUCUAGCAUAGGCUAGGCGAUUUUAUGAAUGUAUUAGGGGAUAUAUAACCUUGUAUUAGAAUUUUAGACCCUUCAUAAAACUUUAGAAAAUAUGCCUAUCCUACUAUACUGACAGAUUUAAGCGUUGAAAAAUUAACUAAAUUCGUAGAUGAAUUCUUAUAAAAAUCAAUGAUUCCACAUUAUAAAAGCUAAUCUGCUCCAUCUAGUAAUUCUGGCCCAGUAAAAACUAUUGUUGAAUCAACUUUUUAGUAAGAGGUUAUUGAUCAUGACAGAGAUAUAAUCCUAUUGGUAUAUUCUACUUAGUAUCCAUAAUAUCAAUAAGCCUUAUAGUUAUGGAAUUAGUUUGGAUAGGAAUUGAGAGUGGUAAGAAAUUUGAUAGUAGCUCAGAUUGAUGUAUACUUAAAUGAUAUUCAUCAUUAUGUGGAUGUGACAGCCCUCCCGCAAAUAAAAAUCUUUCCAAAAGGAAAGAAGCAUUAAGGAAUUGACUAUCAUGGAAAAAUGAAUAGUAUUGAAGAUUUUAGGCUAUUUUUGUAAGAUAAUUCAAGAGCAUAUAGAGAAUAUCUUCAUUUGGAGUACAUUAGAAACAAUCCUUCUGACUUAUGA